UCGCCCAACUGCCUCAUUAUUUUACAGCAUUUUGUUCAUUAGAAGUCAACUGUGUAGACAUGGUUGCCGCAACUUUUGAUUGAAAGGUACUGGUAGGGAAGGUUCAUAAGGAAAAUGUUAAAAAGCUAGUCAGAAAGAGAAAGAAUUGGGGUGGGUACUGGAUAGAAUUCAGAUCAAUUUUCUUCUGGAAGCUUAAUUAGGAGAGAGAGUUGACAAUGAUUGUUCAAGUAUAACUAGGGUUGAGAUUUGAAGAGAUUGGGGAGAAAUUUUAAAUUCAUGUUUCUAUCUGGAAGAUGAGCUAAGCCAGUACGUUAGUGAGAGAGUGAGAGUAUUGGCCAACAACAAAUAGUGCUUAAAUGGAUACAGAAAGAUAAAGAGCAGUUGGUGAUCCGCAGAAUGUUCAAAACCCAGAAAGUUUUUUCCUGUGAAUAAUUAAUCGGAUAAUCUUUGCUUCAAGUCAAUAUGUUCCUGCCUUGGUAGUAGAAUAUCUGCUCUUCUUUGUGGGUUUGGUGUCAUGGGAGGAGGAGCUUUUGUCAUUCUCUUUCUCUUGCUGCUGCUUCCUGAUUCUUCAUUUUCCCAUCCGUUAUGCACUAAUUCAUGGGCACCCCUUAUGAACACUAGCCUGAAUUUUUGUCCUUACAAUGGAAGCACAUGCUGCGAUUCCAGGCAAGAUUCACAAAUACAGAAGCAAUUUGAAGCUAUGAAUGUCUCCGAUUCUGGCUGUGCUUCUAUCCUGAAGUCCGUCCUUUGUGCUAGGUGUGAUCCGUUUUCUGCAGAGCUGUUUACAAUUACGUCCUUACCCCGACCAGUACCUGUUCUCUGUAAUUCCACUGUUUCUGGAAAUUCAUCCCAGUCUACUCAGGCAGCAAAUGACUUCUGCUCUAAAGUAUGGGAUACAUGUCAAAAUGUAUCUGUUUUGAACUCGCCUUUUGCCCCUUCUUUACAAGGUCAAGCUGGGAUACCGGUGAAUUCCAGUGUCACCAAACUGACUGAGAUGUGGCAGUCAAAAACUGUUUUCUGCAAUGCAUUUGGUGGAGUAUCUACUGAUGGAUCAGUUUGUUAUGAUGGUGAACCUGUAAUGCUAAAUAACAGCGGACCUUCUAGCCCCCCACAUGGUUUGUGCCUCGAGAAAAUUGGGAAUGGUUCUUACCUCAAUAUGGUUGCUCAUCCCGAUGGGUCCAACCGUGCAUUCUUCUCUAGCCAACCAGGUAAAAUUUGGUUGGCGACCAUUCCUGAAGAGGGAUCAGGAGGAACAUUGAAGCUCGAUGAAUCAAAUCCUUUCAUUGACCUAACAGAUGAAGUUCAUUAUGAUACUCAAUUUGGGAUGAUGGGAAUGGCAUUUCAUCCGAACUUCGCACAGAAUGGCCGAUUCUUUGCUUCAUUCAAUUGUGACAAAUCUAAGUGGCCAGGAUGUACAGGCAGAUGCUCAUGUAAUUCAGACGUGAAUUGUGAUCCUUCAAAGCUAAGUCCUGAUAAUGGUGCCCAGCCAUGCCAGUAUCAAAGUGUUAUUGCUGAGUAUACUUCCAAUGGUACCGCAUCCCAGACUUCCUUGGCGAAUAGUGCAAAUCCAUUAGAGGUGAGAAGGAUAUUUACAAUGGGUCUCCCCUUCACAUCUCAUCAUGCGGGACAGAUUCUCUUUGGACCAACUGAUGGAUAUUUGUACUUCAUGAUGGGAGAUGGGGGUGGUAAUGGUGAUCCCUACAGUUUUUCCCAAAACAAGAAAUCGCUCCUAGGAAAAAUCCUGAGGCUUGAUAUUGAUAAUAUACCAAGUGCUGAAGAAAUAGAUAAACUUGGUUUAUGGGGAAACUACUCUAUCCCCAGAGAUAAUCCAUUUGUUGGUCGUAAUGAUUCUCAGCCUGAAAUAUGGACCUUGGGAAUGAGAAAUACUUGGCGCUGCAGCUUUGAUUCAGAAAGGCCAUCCUACUUCAUGUGUGGGGAUGUCGGCCAGGAUGUGUAUGAAGAGGUGGAUAUCAUUACCAAGGGAGGAAACUACGGUUGGCAUGUUUACGAGGGCCCUUAUCUUUUUAGUCCUCCAAAGUCACCUGCAGGAAACACUUCUCUGAAUUCAAUAACCUUUAUUUUCCCUGUCCUUGGAUAUAACCAUUCUGAGGUAAAUAAGAAAGAAGGAUCAGCAUCUAUCACAGGGGGCUAUUUCUACCGAUCCAAUACAGAUCCAUGCAUGUAUGGAAGGUAUUUGUAUGCGGAUUUGUAUGGCAGUGACAUAUGGGCAGGCACGGAAACCCCAGAAAACAGUGGGAACUUUACAAGUGGCAAAAUUCCUUUCAGUUGUGCCCAUGAUUCCCCUAUACAAUGUACCUCUGUAGCUGGAAGUGACCUUCCAUCCUUAGGGUAUGUAUUCUCAUUCGGGGAGGACAACCAGAAGGAUAUAUAUCUCCUAGCCAACAGUGGAGUUUACAGAAUUGUUCGUCCAAGUCGCUGCAACUACACUUGCUCGAAGGAAAACGCCACGGCUUCUGCAAGCCCAAGUCCUACAAAUUCACCCUCUUCGCUAGCAGGCCAAGUAAACCAACCAUACAACAAGCAGGUUGUGAUCAUUCUGGUGGUGGUGUUGGUGACAUUGUUUGGUAUUGUAUAGUGUGCUGUGUUUAGAAGCAAUUUAGCUGCAUGAGUAAUGAUUCCUGUAGAAUAAAUUUUUGCUUAUCCUAUGUGUUUUUUUCUUCCCUUCUCUUUCUGAGCAGAGAAUGGAUAGUGGAUACAUGUCAAAAGAUGUAAGAAUUGGCUAUGCUGUAGUUCAUUUCUACUUGCAGAAUCGAUUUCCUUUCUUCUCCA